AUGGAGAACCGCGCGCUCAAGACCCGUGGUCUUUCUCCGUACCUCAUUUUAGCAGCAGCUUCAGUGGCCCUUUUUAAGGCAAUUUUGCAAGGUGAGCUGGACACCUGCGACUCUUUGCCCCGACUGGUGAAUCUCAGCAGUGUCGCCAAGGACGCAGAGGCUCAGGUCGAGAAACUGACCUCGGAAGACGUCCAUUUGUUAGAAGCUGAAGCUGUACUGGGCAAAGCCCUAAAACGCCUGGAGCAAGGUGGCAGACAGCAGGCCUUAGCAGCCCAGGAGCUCAGAGAGAGCGCUGUGUACAAGGAGGUGGUGCGGUAUUCUGAGCUCUUUGAUUCUGCAAGGGCGACGCUGCAACCAACCAGGUUCAAUAGUGUUUGGUCUCGGCCUGAUGCUGAGUUCUUUGUUCGGUCUCCACCUGGCUCCACCUGGUUUGAAUACAAGGUCGUUGCACAGAUCGAGCAGAACCUUGUGAAUUGCAUGGCCCCUUUGCAGGAGAGGGAGCUCAUCCUGAAGUACCAGCCUGUUUUCGUGGAGCCUCACCGGGAUCUCAUCAAACCGACACCACAUCACGGCGUGGUGCGAACUUUGGCCCGGAUCCUGGGAUUCUACAUUGAGACGGUCUUUGAACUCGUGCGAGUGUCCAACAAAGAGUUCGGCUUUUUGGUGGAGGUUGCCAAGAGUGAUUUCCCCAUCAAGAACAGCCUCAAGCUCCCCAAAAGGCGCUUGUUGAGCAAGCGAAUUCAAGUGGACACCAAGAAUCUGUGGCUUCCAGUGGGCGGUGGCAAAACUGGGACGAUCGUGGUUUCAGUGAGCCGCGUCCAGGUUGGCGUCCCCAUCCCAUCCAGCGCCUUGCGCUUUUUAGCCAACAGCUUCACCAAGAGCAUCCUGGGCAACAUCAAGCGGGGAUGCGCCCUGAGCUCCGACGAGUCCAGCCCCUGGCACAAACGCAUCAAGCGUGAUGCAGAUGGCUUUUACCAUGAGCUGGCUACUGUGGAGGACGCCGCUCGGAAGCGGAGGAGCAUUUCCAUCUCACAGCUGCCGAGUGAAGCAAUCUUCGAUCGGCCAUGGGGCCUCUCCAAGUAA